AUGUAGUUCCUGUCUCUGCUGACGAGCUUCUAGCAGCUGUGGACGUGAACAGCAAGCUGUCAGCUUUCCAUCAUUCUCACAGUUUUGGUUUAUCUUAUUCAGGUAUACUUUUCCUACGAUAGGCGGAAGAUUUUUCAAUUUCAAACUAGGGUUUUUGUAAUUGGGACUUCGCCAUCUUAUUUAGAAAUAUCAGACAGAGUCUACACGUUUCUGACCAAAAACCAAACUAUUGACUGAGCUUGUCUCGUUUAUACUGUGGCAUGGGUCGUGUGUAUAUAGUGGAAGAUGCUGUGGAGGAGUAUCUGUCACAACUGUGCUCCCAACAAGCAAGUCAAGUCACUGGCCUGAUUAUUGGACAGAGCUCAGCCCAGAGGGACUUUGUUGUCAUGGCAGCUCAGACACCUCAGAAGGAGCAGUCUUCGGGGGCUGGAAAGUCUUUGGACAAAGAGUGGGUUUCUGAGCACGCUCGACAGGUGUCCAGGAUGUUGCCUGGAGGCCUGUCUGUACUAGGAGUCUUCAUUAUCACUGAUUCUGAUGCAAAAGACACACUAACCACACUCCGACAGUUGGUUUUUUCAGCGGAGCAUCUAAUCUCAUCGGAGCAUCUGUGGAACCCUGCAGAUGAUGACAUCACAGACUUCGUCACGCUGCACGUCAACCCCAAAACCAGAAAAACUGUCUGCAGAACCUUUGACGUGAAAGACCCAAAGAGUGUCGCUAAGCCAGCAGACUGGAAGUACCAGUCACGUUUGUGUUCCUCCUGGGCCACGGUGUCGUGUUGGCUGAAUGUAGACCUGCUGGUACCACUACCAGAAAACAGAACCAGUACACAAGGCAUCGAUGAAUGUGUUAAGGAGGGGCUGACAGGGUGGGCACACCGGAUUGAAAAUGGAGUCUUUCUGAUCGAUGGGAAGAAGCUGCCAGACAACUUGGAGCUCACAGAAGGACAGAAGAGGAAUGUGAGACAGGUGUACGCAGCCCAGAUGCUCAUCACACCGGAUGAGCAGAGGAUAGCAGAUGUGGUCCAGCGGUGUGGGGGCAGCGUUUCCAUCAGAGGAGCAAUCCACAGCAGAGCUUACCUACACAGCAAUAAACCUAAGGCCAAACAGGCGGAGAAGCUUCUGAAGAGGGAUGCGGUUUCUACGGUGGCCACGAGGGUUCAGAUGCUGCUGGAAGAGCUGCUGACAUCAGAGGAAGAGAGCAAGAGCAGCAGCAGGGACAUGACAGAACAGCUCUCCCUCCCGUGUCGUGUCUUUUGUCCAGUAAAAGCGGCCGGGCCACUGUCUGUGUGCGACUACCAGUUUAGUGAUGAGGGAUUGUCUGAGAUGACCGACAGGCUAAAGGAGAUGCUGGACAUUGAUGCAGCCGAGGAAGACUUGGACACCUCCCAGGAAACGAAUGCUGAAGUCAUAGCUAGUGAAGUUGCAGCAGCUCCCGCUGUGGAAACUGUUGAAGUGCCGGAAUCCAAGAAGAGCAGCUAUUUGGGUGUUGCCAUGGCCACUGCUGCCGCUCUGCUCGCCACGGCUGCCUCGAUGCUGUAUCUCAGUGACAUUUGAGACUUGUCCUCUCCAGGAUAUCUGCUGCUUAUUGCGAUAAGGAAAGGAGUUAUGAACAAAAACAACAGGAGCAUUUGCAAUAUGGAAAUAUCUGCCAAGGCUGAAUAAAAAAAUAAAUCUUAGAUCCCGUGACCUGGAUCAUUGUGGAAAGUUAUUCACCGAGCCAAGAUAUACUCCACUCCCAUUUAAUUUUUUAUACCAGUCCAGCACUUGUCCAGUUAUGGUGAAAGCAGGUAAAUAAACAGACUGUAACCACGUAACCUUCUCCAGAGUUUUAAGGAAGUCCAUAAUGGAUCAUUAUGCAAAAAAUAAAAUGUUUGGGCUCUGAUUCAGUGUUUAGUUGAUUAAUCUUGUGGAGUUAUAGUGCCAAUCUCUUGCUUAAGUCCGAUCAGGCAGUGUUUACUACACUGUAAGCUGCUUGUAUUGGAAAGCUUAACUUCCCCGAAUCCUUGUUUUUACCGUCAACUGGUUGAAUGUGUUCAUGAUGAGGAAUUGAUCCCCAGGACGCUGUUAUUGGCCCAGACAUGAGUGGUUUUGGAUUAGGUCAAAUGGCUGUCACUUGGAAUAAAGCUUUCCAAAACGUCUGUAUGUAUUAAGGUAUAAUAGGCAAGUAAUUUAAUUAAAAAUCACGUUUCAUGAAGAACAACUUCUCUAUACAACUGAACAGUUACUACUCUUAAAAUAUUUGAACUUUUAAACAAUUAUCCCUCAAUGUUUAUUAAUGUUUGAGUUCUGAAUUCAUUUGAAAUGUGUCUGAAAAUGAAAAGAAAUCACCACCUCCUUAACUCCAGUGCUGCUUGCUCCAUCUCUUCUGAAUAGAAGAUGAAACUUUAUUGUGAAAUAGGAAAAUGCUUAACUCUGGGAAUCUACAGGAAAUACAGUCACGAUGUCCCUUGUGUGUCUUUAGUGGAGGUUUGUCAACUGCUGUCAGUGAUGGACCUGCAGAAACAGAUGUUAUGUGACAGUGUUUUACUGUAUACUGCAGUUGUCUUUUAAAGAUCUGCUUUAUGAGCUUUAGUUUGGUUACCUUUUAUAAAUGUAUAUUAAAGUCCACCAAACACACGUGGAUUUUUUUUUUUUUAAGUGGGUGAUUUAAAAG